GCAUCAAUUUUACAUUUGGCAAGCUCCUGAUAUACGACGAACUCAACUAUCGAGCACAUGAAAUGACCAGGACACAAAAAAAAUUUAAAUCAGCAAAGAAAGGCAGACCAGGUAGUCGCCCUGCGCACUAUGCCAAUGCCCGAGAAAAGGCGAGAGCUGCUGCAGCGAUCAACGACGUAUACGAAGACCUUCCAGAAAAGGGCCGUCGGAACACCGUUGGACUCGAUCUUGAUAAACACGAAGGACAGGGAAGGCGUCAUCACUCGAAUGCUGGCCUAGAUGUUGAGGGUCGAGAUGCAGAACGGCCGUCUGCGCGGCUGUUGGGUGAGAACGAAGAGGACGAGCAGCUGGGUAGUGACGAUGACGAGGAGAUCGAUAGCGAGGAUGCCUUUGAGGACAGCGAUGAAGAGGGGUUUGCAGGAUCGAGCUUUCGAAGGAAGCGCAAGGAGUCGAGCUCACAUCAAGGCUCCGGCUCUGAGGAGGAGAGCGGGAGCGAAGAAGAGGGCGAAGAUGAAGACGAAGACGAAGACGAUUUCCAGAUAUCAGCUUCCGAGUCUGACUCUGAGGCAUCACCUGAGGCCCUCACCGAGCUCAAUGCUUUCCUGUCAACACUAGACCCUGAAGACAACAAGAAACGAAAACAAGACGAGGAAGGAUUACCAGAUUCCCGUAACAAAAAGCGAAGGAUACUCUCAGAACGCACGGAACCUGGGGAGGAGAGUGAAUUCGGAGCACGCGGAUCUGGUACACUGAAGCUCGAUGAUCUACUCGCACCGCUGGCAUCUACCUCAGCACUGGCUACGCUCAAAAAAUCGACGAAAGCCCUCACUUCCUCCAGCGCCAAGACAAAAACACUUCCUGCGCCUCUACCUCAACGCGCUCAAGAACGACUCGAUAGAGAGGCUGCUUACGAGAAGACCAAGGAAGAGGUCGAGAAAUGGAAUACGACGAUGAAACGCAUUAAACAGGCGGAGCAUCUAAGCUUCCCUCUUCAAGCAGAACCUGCUACUCGCGUUUCCAACCUCGAGCUCGCAGCCAAGUUUCAGCCUUCGAAUGAGUUCGAAUCAGCUGUAGAUAAGCUCUUGAAGUCCGCUCAACUCCGCGACGAGGACAUUACCCAUACCGAAUCUCUAAAAAUGGCUCAUCUCACUGUGGAGGAGGUUGCAGCACGCCGUGCAGAACUCCGUAUGAUGCGCGAACUGGCGUUCCGCGCCGACCGCAAGGCAAAACGCGUCGCGAAAAUCAAAAGCAAAGCUUACAGACGCAUACGGAAGAAGCAACGCGAGCGACUUGAUAUUCCUGUGGAGGACGAAGACAUGGACGAGGAGGCACGGAUGAAGGCAGAGGUUGAACGCGCAAGGGAGCGGGCGACUCUGAAGCACAAAGCUACGGGAAAGUGGGCGCGGUCGAUGCAAGGUCGAGAGGGAUUGGAUCAGGACCAACGUCAAGCCAUAGCAGAAAUGCUCGAUCGAGGCGAAAAGCUUCGGAGACGGAUAAGAGGAGAGGAUAGUGGUAGCGAGUCGGACAAGGGGAGUGAAAGCGGUGACGAAGAACUGGAUGAAGAAGGAAUCAGGCGCAAGGCCUUUGAGGAGCUCGAAAAUAUCCGCACAGAAGGGGAGGGAGACACCUCAGAUCUGAAGAGCAAAAGCGUGUUCAACAUGAAAUUUAUGCAGGAGGCAGCCACCAGGCGGGCUCGGGAGGCGAAUACCCAAGCUGAGGAGCUGGCCCGAGAAAUAGCGUUGGAACUUGGAGAUGCGGAAGGCAGCGAAUCCGGGGACAUAACGGAGAAUGCUGCUACUCAAAACACCUCGGUGGUACAACGUACCGGUGGGCGAAUAUCAUUCCGGCCGGGAGCAAGCGCAGCAGCAACAUCCAUUGCAAAACCUUUGGGUUCUUUGGCUUCAGAUACCUCAAGCGUCACCCUUCAGUCCGCGGAUCUUGUCCAGGAUGUCACGCCACAGGGUCGACAUAGUCCAACUCCCACGUUGACCGCUGUGACACCGCUCGUUGCUGCACCGGAGCCCAACCCAUGGCUCGCACCGGUGGCGUUGUCAUCUCGCCUAGCACGCAAGAAAAAUGAAGCUGUGGUCCACAAGAAUGCCGAGAUCUCGGCGAAGUCUUCCAACAAACUUAAGAAGCAGGUGGCAAAAGGGGAAGAAGAGAAGGAACGCGCGCGCGAUGAUGCCAUCUUGGAAGUCGAGGUAGAUAAUGUCCUUACUAUCCCUGACCCUCCUACCACAAGCUCGUCGGCCAGAAAGAAGGGAAAGAAACCUAAGCGGCAGAAUCAGCCAUCGACCAGUGCAGAGCUCCCUGCAGAUGAUGAUGACUCGGAUGUGCACAGCGAAAUGGAGGAGCAAGAAGGGGCGGCCGGGCAAUCCGUCAACGCGAAAGGGGUCAAGGCCUUUCAACAACGAGAAUUGGUCGCCUUGGCCUUUGCUGGGGAUAAUGUUGUGGAGGCGUUUGAAGAGGCAAAACGACAAGAAAACGAAUCUGAUGCUCCACGCGAAGUAGACACGACACUUCCUGGUUGGGGCUCUUGGGGAGGCGCGGGCAUCAAGAAACUUCCACCGAAACCUCAUCUAAUCAAAAAGGUAGCCGGUAUCGACCCGUCCAGCCGUGCAGAUUUCAAGAAAGCGCAUGUUAUCAUAUCAGAAAAACGCGACAAGAAGGCUGCCAAGUACCUCGUCCGGGAUCUGCCUUAUCCUUACACUAGCUAUGCACAGUUCGAGAAAAGCAUGGAUACCCCACUGGGAACUGAAUGGAACACGAGGGUAGGUUUCCAGAGGGCUACCUUGCCCCGUGUUGUGAAGAAGAUGGGCACUGUGAUCGAUCCAUUGGAAAAAUUGGCUUAGCAACCCUUCCCUCUCAUUUCUCCUGAGGUCCCGUGCUGUCCUUGCUCUAUGAUGUGACACUAUUAUCCUACAUAUAUGGCUAUCGCCGCGAAAACGCGCGGCAAACCUCAACAAACC